UCUCACAACACUGCGACUCGAACGCUUCACGUCGCCGUGCAAGAAGUGCGGGAGUGAAGUUAACAAAAAUUAGAAUUAGUUAGACGGUACAAUCAAAUCACAAAUUUAACGACGACGUGUAUGUGUUAUUGUUUAAAUUAAAAUCUUGAUUAAAAAGGGUGACAUCGCCACAAAAUGAGUGGUUUAUUGAAGCUACCGUCUUUGCUAGCAAGAAAUCCUCCCACGACUACGUUGAAUAAGCUGGGAUUAUCUGUGAUUACAAAUCGUAAAUUUCAUUACACACCAGAUGGCAAAGCUGCAAAAAUUUCUGAUGCCGUUUCUAAACAGUAUCCAUUGGUAGAUCAUACUUAUGAUGCUGUUGUGGUGGGUGCUGGUGGAGCAGGAUUACGUGCAGCUUAUGGCUUGGUUGCAGAGGGAUUUAAAACAGCGGUGGUCACUAAAUUGUUUCCUACAAGGUCACAUACUGUCGCGGCCCAAGGAGGUAUCAAUGCUGCUUUGGGUAACAUGGAAGAAGAUAACUGGCAGUGGCAUAUGUAUGAUACUGUUAAGGGCUCUGACUGGCUGGGUGAUCAAGAUGCCAUUCAUUACAUGACACGUGAAGCUCCAAAAGCAGUCAUAGAAUUGGAAAACUGUGGCAUGCCUUUCAGUAGAACUUCUGAUGGUAAAAUAUACCAGCGUGCCUUUGGUGGACAAUCACUGAAAUUUGGAAAAGGUGGUCAAGCUCAUAGGUGUUGCUGUGUGGCUGACAGAACAGGUCAUUCCUUAUUGCAUACAUUGUAUGGUCAAUCAUUGAGCUAUGACUGCAACUAUUUUGUUGAAUAUUUUGCUCUGGAUUUGCUCAUGGAAGAUGGAGAAUGUCGUGGAGUCAUUGCUCUUUGCUUAGAAGAUGGAUCGCUCCAUCGAUUCCACGCUAAAAAUACUGUAUUAGCAACUGGAGGAUAUGGACGUGCAUAUUUCUCCUGUACAUCUGCUCAUACGUGUACCGGUGAUGGUACUGCAAUGGUAUCUAGAGCUAAUUUACCUAAUCAAGAUCUGGAAUUUGUACAGUUCCAUCCUACUGGAAUAUAUGGCGCUGGUUGUCUUAUCACAGAAGGUAGCCGUGGUGAAGGAGGCUAUCUUGUAAAUAGCGAAGGUGAAAGGUUUAUGGAACGUUAUGCCCCAGUCGCGAAGGAUCUAGCCUCUAGGGAUGUUGUAUCUAGAUCUAUGACCAUUGAAAUCCGGGAAGGCAGAGGCGUUGGUCCCGAGAAAGAUCACAUUUAUUUGCAACUUCACCACUUACCACCUGAACAACUUGCUACUAGAUUACCUGGAAUUUCGGAAACAGCAAUGAUAUUUGCAGGUGUUGAUGUAACAAGAGAACCUAUUCCUGUUAUACCAACAGUGCAUUACAAUAUGGGAGGAGUACCAACAAAUUACAAGGGACAGGUUCUAACUAGGAAAAAUAACGAGGACACCGUUGUCCGUGGGCUUUACGCUUGUGGAGAGGCAGCUUGUGCAUCUGUUCAUGGUGCUAAUCGUCUCGGUGCCAAUUCUUUGUUAGAUUUAGUUGUGUUUGGACGUGCAUGCGCUAAAACAAUUGCACAAGAGAACAAGCCAAGCGAAAAAAUUGGACCUCUAAGCUCCAAUGCCGGAGAGGAAAGUGUAGCCAAUUUAGACAAGGUUAGAAAUGCGAACGGUAGUAUUUCUACCGCGGAGUUAAGAUUAACGAUGCAGAAAACCAUGCAAACGCACGCAGCUGUAUUCAGGACAGCUGAAACUUUACAAGAAGGCUGUCAAAAGAUGUCUGCUCUUUACAAAAAGUUAGACGAUUUGAAAGUGGCGGACAGAUCCAUGAUAUGGAACUCUGACCUUGUAGAAACACUAGAAUUACAGAAUUUAAUGCUCAAUGCUAUGCAAACAAUAGUAGCUGCCGAAAAUAGGAAAGAAAGUCGCGGAGCUCAUGCACGCGAAGAUUUCAAAGAUAGAAUUGACGAGUACGAUUACAGUAAACCAUUAAAAGGCCAACAACCAAAACCACUGGAUCAACACUGGCGAAAACACACGCUUACAAAGAUCGAACCGAGAACAGGAGAGGUUUCUAUUGAUUUCAGACCAGUAAUAGAUAACACGUUAGAUAAACAAGAAUGUGCAACGGUUCCACCCGCAAUUCGUUCCUAUUAGAUCUUUUUUUAAAGAACGAACACGAUCGAUGAGGAAAAGUUACCGAUAUCUGUCACUACAUUGCAGCAACUUUAUUUAUUAUUGCACAUGAAUUACGCCGUGCACCAAAGUUUAAUUCUUGUCAAUACUCGUACGCGUUGCGAGCAAGAUUAGUUGUCCUUGUAGGAUAAUGGUGCUGAGAUUAUCUUCAUUACUUCAAAGAAGAAUUUGACCGAUCUCUUAGCAAAUCAAUGCUAUGUUUAUUGUAAACUAAUAGUAAAAUAUUAGUGUGAUCCAAGCAGCAAGUAAUUUCUCACGCACACAUCUUUUAAGGAGGAACGUUCUCCCUACCUCUUAUACAAUGUUCUCAGUAUUUCUGUUUGUAAUUCUCACAUAAGCAGUUUGUGAAACAACGUAUGCAAUAAUGUUAAGAGUUAUUUAUGAAAGAAAUAUUUUAUACGAUAAUUCAAGAGCUAGUACUCCCUAAAAGGUUGUGCAGCAAGAGCAUGCCACUUCACGCGGCUUAAUACUUAAAGUUAACAGGACAAUAUAGAAACAGCGUGAUACUAACAAAUGUUUUUCUGGUAAAAGUUUUUAGAUUUUAUUCGAUUAAAAAAAAAUUAAUUUUCUAUUGCUGAAAGUGUUAUAAUGCAAUAAUAUUUUCUUUUUAUUUUAAAGUUUUAGUACUUAUCUCAACGUUCAAUAUUUCAUUUUAUGAUAAAUCUGUUUCUGUAUUGUCAGUACUAUAUAAUAAUUUACCACAAUGCUAUGUUUCAUACAAUAAAUAAUCGUGAAGCUAAUGUACACCGAUAAAAUCGUGUACGUUCGAGUCAACCAAUUCAAGUGGACAUGCUAUGCAGGAUGAUUAAAAAAAUGUAAAUACGAUUGUCAAUAAAAAAAAGCAUUCAUACAUC